AUGUCCGAUAGUGUUUCUGACGUGCUCACCUGGGCGACCCAGUUCUUCUGCAACAGAGACGACCAUGACAUAGUUAAAGACAUUAUGACGCUGCGCAAAUGCGAGCUGGCCGAUCGGGACACCGCUGACGUUCUCAGCGAUACACAGCCACUAGCACGUUCACGCAUACCUGGUCCGCCGUGCCCUCGCCAGCCUCAGCCCACUGUACCUUGGUUUCUCGGAAUCGGAAGAGUCGCUUCUCAAUACACAGCAGCCCUGGGUAUCGCCGCUGCCCUUGCAGCGGGAUGGCUAAACCGCAGCUCUCUGCGAUGCAGCCUGACCUGCGUCCGUUCUCUGAAAAGCCGGAUACAGCCAGACCACAGAGGCCUUCCUCACUAUAGAAGCCCGUCCACGCAGCCGGCGGAUGUCCCAGCAUUGAUAUAUUCGCUGAUUACAAUUGAGAAUGCGCGGCGAAGGCUUGCGCAGGAGUGGCUGAAGCAGUCAAAGGGUGAGCAGUCUGAGCGUCUGCUGCACCACAUUGUCAAGCGCAAUGCCCAGGCAGAGGCGAAGUUUGAGAGCAUCCUGGUCGCAUUGAAGGAGCUGGUGGUACUGCGUGCCAUCCGCGACCCAGACACGACCCAGAUCGGCGAGCUCAAGCAGGGUCUCGGCCGGAUCAGCUCCAAAGCAGCGCCUGACGUCGCGCAAAGGCACGUCUCUGGCCUGAUAUGGCCCAUGCACUGCUAG